CAAACAUUGGUUUGCAAACAUUGAUAUCAACAUGCCCGGUAUCAGCCAGUCCAUUACAAAGCAUACUGUAACCUUGCCUCUCACAGUGUAACAGUUUUUGAUCCUCUCUUCCUGUUGGGUGCAGGAGUCAGUGGUGGAGAGUGUGGAAAGUUAAUUUCUGGAGAAGGCCUGUGACAGGAUCCAACAUUCAGUCGAGAUGUGCUCCACAGUGCGCUUGUUGGUGCUUUUAAGCAUAAUAGGAUGCGUUGAACUGAUCACAGUCAGCACUCCACACAAAUAUGUCAACGUUACAACGGGACAAAAUGUCGUACUGCCAUGUACGUUUGUGACUUCUGCGGAUACAAAGAACCUCAACAUCCAGUGGGACUUUGUUCCAUCAUCCUCCAUAACGCAGCAGGUGUAUUACUAUCAAUCUGGAUCCGUAAUCAUACCAGAACCUUACAAGAGCCGGUUUCAGCCUCCCUCCUCUCCCGGCACCACCAAAAAUGCCUCCAUCAUAAUAAGGGACAUGCAAUCAUCAGACGCCGGCGUGUACACUUGUCAGGUUCACAACCUUCCCGAUGUGGAAGGAAAGUCUGAGGUCGAUAUCAUUGUGCAUGUUUUUGAGGCUCCCUCUACUCCUUAUUGUUCCGUCCACGGGGAUGUGGAGUCGGGUCACCUGGUCACUCUUAUCUGCCACAGUGAGCGCGGCAGCCCCACCCCGACCUACACCUGGACCAGACUGGACCAGGCCAAGACAAGGAGGCCCGUAUUGGGAAGAACGACCAUAACUGGAAUUAUGGAAAUCAGAAACAUAUCCCAGUUUGAGUUUGGGGAGUACCAGUGCAACGCUUCAAAUGUGGCAGGAAUUUCAACUUGCACCAUAGAGUUGAAUCAUGAUGUGGGAGAUGGAGUGAUUGCAGGCGCAGUGAUUGGCGCGUUGCUCGGCUGUGUCCUUAUCGUCCUGGUGGUGUGGUUCAUCGCUCACACUGUGAAGAAACACAAAUACAAAGCGAUCAAAGCAUCAGAGGGCAACGAGAUGAAGAGGAGCUCUCAUCGGGCCCCAGAAGCCUCAGAUAGAGUUACCAUGGCAACCACAGCCGGCAACCUCCAUGCAGAGGGAGAUGAUCCCCAGGCCUAAAAAAAAGCGCUGGAGAAAAAGCUCCUGCAGAUACGUCACUACACAGAACAACAGGAUGUCCAGUCCUAAGCACACGUCAUUCUCACAUUUAAUCAAUAUGCCGAUGCUGAUGGUCGUGUAUGAAGUUGCAUUUUAUUACAUGUUUUCUUACUCAAGAAAAUAAAAAUGCAACUGAUCACUUUAAUCUUUUACAGUUUUUUUACAUCUUUUUUUUUACUCAAAAUCGUCUUGAAUGUAGACACAAUGCUAGGAUGAUAGUACAACAUUACAUUUUUCAACUGAUAGAAGCUUUAUAAUAGGAUUUUUUAGAUGGUCUUUACAGUUAAUGGAUAUGACAAACUAAUUUGGUUCAGCAUAAAUGAAAUACAAGACAAAUGCAGCUCUGAUGAUGUAUGACAAUGUUAUGUAUUUACCUUCAGAAAUUCUGGUUUAAUAAAAUAUUGUGUGUUGUGAGCUCA